AUGACAGUUGCAUCUUACGUUCCAUUGCCCCAGGCGGCAGGUUACGCUGUCGUCGUUGGAUUGGGUGCCGUCUUUGCUUUUGGUAUGAUGUUGACAACUUACGUCUUGAGAAGAUACAAUAAGGAGAUAAUGACAGCUGAAGAAUUUGCAACUGCUGGAAGAUCAGUGAAAACAGGUCUUAUUUCAGCCGCGGUUGUUAGUUCGUGGACCUGGGCUGCAACAUUGCUUACUUCUACUACCCAGACCUACAAUAAUGGUAUUUCGGGUGCCUUUUAUUAUGCCUCAGGCGCUACUUGUCAAAUUGUAUUAUUUGCUUGCUUAGCAAUCAAGGGUAAGGAGAGGGCACCAGGUGCCCAUACCUAUUUAGAAAUAAUUAAAACAAGAUAUGGUAGGGUUGCUCACUGCAUUUACAUCUUUUGGGGUCUUGCUACGAACAUUCUUGUCACUGCAAUGCUUUUGACGGGUGGAUCUGCGGUAGUAAGUGAUAUCACUGGGAUGCACACGGUUGCAGCUUGUUUGUUGUUACCUUUAGGCGUUGUCGUUUAUACGUUAUUUGGUGGUAUCAAAGCAACUUUCUUGACUGAUUAUGCGCACACUGUGGUUAUUAUUGUCAUUCUCUUGGUCUUUUCGUUCACUACAUUCGCAACGUCUUCGAAAUUGGGCUCUCCAGGAGCCGUAUGGGAGGUCAUUACAAAAUUGGCCGAAACUCAGCCAAGGGAAGGUAACGCAGGUGGUUCAUAUUUAACCAUGCACUCUAGAUCGGGUGGAAUUUUCUUUGUUAUCAAUAUUGUUGGUAAUUUUGGUACAGUUUUCUUAGACAAUGGUUAUUUUAACAAAGCUUUUGCCGCAAAUCCUGCUUCAGCUCUCCCAGGGUAUGUACUUGGUGGUUUAGCGUGGUUUGCCAUUCCUGCUUUCACAGCCACAACUAUGGGUUUAGCUGCUUUGGCUUUGGAAGAUACAGAAUACUUUCCAACAUAUCCGAAUAAGUUAUCGGCUGCUGAAGUUUCAGCUGGAUUGGUUUUACCAAACGCUGCUGUAGCUCUUUUGGGUAAAGGGGGCGCUGUCUGUUCAUUACUUUUAGUUUUCAUGGCUUGUACAUCUGCUAUGUCUGCGGAAUUGAUUGCUGUCUCAACUAUCUUCAGUUAUGAUAUUUACAGAGAAUAUAUCAAUCCUAAGGCUACUGGUAAGCAAAUUAUCUAUUUUUCACACAUGGCAGUGAUCACAUUUGCUUAUGUUAUGGCCGGUUUUGCCAUUGGGUUAUACUACGCCGGUAUUUCAAUGGGUUACCUUUAUGAACUUAUGGGUGUUAUCAUCGGGGGUGCAGUUCUUCCAUCUGCUUUAACUUUAUUGUCAAAGAAGCAAAACAAAAUGGCAGCUAUAUUAACUCCUCCCAUUGCAACAGGAUUAGCUAUCAUGUCUUGGUUGGUGUGCACUAAGGCUAAGUUUGGUUCAAUCAGUGUCGCUAAUACAUUUGAGGACGAUGCUAUGUUGACAGGAAAUGUUGUUGCAUUGUGUACUCCUUUGAUAUUUGUCCCACUUUUUACUUUAAUCUUCAAACCACAAAAUUUUGAUUGGUCAAUCUUGAGAAAUAUCAGGAGAGUCAAUGAAGAUGAAGAGAUAUUGGAAGCUGAACAGUCAAGGGAUGAUUCUGACCCUGAAAAGGUUUAUCCAGUAAAAUCACAAGUAUCGAUCGCAGCUAAUGAGAUAGCAAUAAUCAACCUGGAACGUUUAGAACAAGAAACACGUCAUUUACAUAAAUCGUUCAAGAUUGCUGCAAUAAUCUGUGUAACUUUAACUUUAUGCCUUGUCAUAUUAUGGCCAAUGCCCAUGUAUGGACAAUCUUAUAUUUUCUCCAAGAGAUUUUUUACUGGAUGGAUCGUGGUUCUUUUCAUUUGGAUAUUCUUCAGUUCAUUCAUGGUGAUAAUAGUUCCAAUAUGGGAAGGUAGAGACGCAUUAUUCACUACUUUCAGAGGUAUAUAUUGGGACUUGACAGGCCAAACAUACAAAUUGAGAGAAUGGCAGGAUGCUCAUCCCGAAAAGCUACAUGCUGUUCAGUCUCAAGUUUCUGCUCAAUUAUUAGCAAGGAGCCAGUCGCAGACUCAAGUCAUAGAAGGGGUCAAUCACAUUGAUGAUGCUUGGGAAGAAGAGAAGAAAAAUUAA